AUGCCCUUGCUUCUGUUUUUCUUUCUUUUUCCCCUCCCCGUCUAUUCCCUGCUCUCCAGAAUGAAUGAAAUGAACUUGAGUCCUGUGGGGAUGGACCAGCUGACUUCAUCCUCUGUGAGCAAUGCCUUGCCCAUCUCUGGGAGUCACUUGGGACUGGCAGCCUCACCCACUCAUAAUGCCAUACCAGCACCAGGCUUACCUGUUGCAAUUCCAAACUUGGGCCCCUCCUUGAGUUCCUUGCCCUCUGCUCUGUCUCUGAUGCUCCCAAUGGGUAUUGGGGAUCGAGGAGUGAUGUGUGGUAUACCAGAGAGAAACUACACCCUACCUCCACCACCAUACCCCCACCUGGAGAGCAGCUAUUUCAGACACAUUCUACCUGGUAUCUUAUCUUACUUGGCUGACAGACCUCCACCUCAGUACAUCCAUCCCAAUGCUAUAAAUGUCGAUAGCAAUCCGGCACUGUCAGUCUCCAGCAACCCCUCGGCCCUAGAUCCCUACCAGCCCAGUGGAACUGUAGGGCUGGAAGCAGGGAUUGUCUCCAUGGACUCCCGCACAGUGAACACGCAUGGCCCUCAAAAUCUGCAUCCUAGUGACAGCCACGAGGUUGCACUGGAUUCUACAAUCACUAUGGAGAGUGUUUCGAGGGUGACUAGCCCCAUCUCCACAGACGGUAUGGCGGAAGAGCUUACAAUGGAUGAUGUAGCCGGGGAUCACUCCCAGCUCCCGAACGGCUCCCGGAGCCACGAACCUUUAUCCGUGGACGCGGUGGGGGGUAACCUGACGUCAGACGCCGUGGGACAUGGCGGCGUCAUUCCCAUUCACGGUAGCACUUUGGAACUCCCUGUUGUCAUGGAGCCUGACCACAUGGCCGGGCGGGUGACGGGGAUCUCCGACAGCACACUAAAUGACUCCAUUCAUACUGUGGCCAUGAGCACCAACUCUGUGAGCGUGGCUCUCUCUACCUCACACAACCUUGCUUCCCUGGACUCCGUAGCCUUGCACGAAGUGGGCCUCAGCCUCGAGCCGGUGGCGGUGUCUUCCAUGAAUCAGGAAGUAGCCAUGGGGCCGAGUCACGUGGAUGUGUCUGCAGACAAUCUUGCCUUUGUGCCAUCCUCUCUGCAAAUGGAAGACUCCAAUUCGAACAAGGAGAACAUGGCAACCUUGUUUACCAUAUGGUGCACACUGUGUGACAAGGCGUAUCCAUCGGACUGCCCGGAUCAUGGCCCCGUCACCUUUAUCCCCGACACCCCCAUUGAGAGCCGAGCCAGGAUUUCUCUCCCUAAGCAGCUUGUCCUCCGGCAGUCUAUCAUGGGAGCUGAAGCAGGUGUGUGGACACGAGAAACCAUUCCUGUAAGGACUUGUUUUGGACCUUUGAUUGGGCUGCAGAGCCAUUCUCUGGAGGUGGCUGACUGGACAGACAAAGCAGCCAGUCACAUCUGGAAGAUCUAUCACAAUGGUGUCCUGGAGUUCUGCAUCAUUACAACUGAUGAAAAUGAGUGCAACUGGAUGAUGUUUGUACGCAAAGCCAGGACCCGAGAAGAGCAGAACCUGGUAGCUUAUCCUCACGAUGGAAAAAUUUACUUUUGCACCUCUCAGGACAUCCCACCUGAACACGAGCUUCUCUUUUAUUACAGUCGGGAUUAUGCACGACAGCUUGGUGUCCCCGAACAUCCGGACGUGCACAUCUGCCACUGUGGGAAGGAAUGCCCUUCUUAUGCUGACUUCAAGGCCCAUCUGAGCAGCCAUAUUCACAACCACCUCCCCAGCCAGGGGCACAGCAGCAGCCACGGGCCAGGCCACGGCAAGGAAAGGAAGUGGAAAUGUUCCAUGUGCCCUCAGGCUUUCAUCUCCCCUUCCAAGCUCCACGUCCACUUCAUGGGGCACAUGGGCAUGAAGCCGCACAAGUGCGAUUUCUGCAGCAAAGCUUUCAGUGACCCUAGCAACUUAAGGACACACCUCAAGAUACACACAGGCCAGAAGAAUUAUCGCUGUACCCUGUGUGACAAAUCAUUCACCCAGAAGGCUCACCUGGAAUCCCACAUGGUCAUCCACACGGGGGAGAAGAACCUGAAGUGCGAUUACUGUGAAAAGCUGUUCAUGCGGAGGCAGGACCUCAAGCAGCACGUACUUACUCACACACAAGAAAGGCAGAUCAAGUGCCCCAAGUGUGACAAGCUGUUUCUGAGGACAAAUCACCUGAAGAAGCAUCUCAAUUCACAUGAAGGAAAGAGGGACUAUGUCUGUGAAAAAUGCUCCAAGGCUUAUCUAACCAAAUAUCACCUCACUCGCCACUUGAAAAUAUGUAAAGGCCCCACAUCCAGCCUGUUAGCCCCAGAGGAAGAGGACGAUGAGUCAGAGGAGGAAUUAAUAGACUCUAUGAGGACUGAAGGAUGUAGGAUUAACAACGGAGUCUAUUCAGCAGGUGAUGCCCUCUCUGGACACAAAUGAAGAAAAAAAGAGAAGGAAAUUUUCUUGGAUGCUAUAAUUAAGGAAGGAAAAAAACCCUGCUUCCUUCCUUCUCCAAGUAACAGCACAUGUCAAAUGAGGUUUUUCCUUCUGUUUCAGACUUCACACUACCACUGCUUAGUAAACUCUGUAGCCAAAUCUCAUUGAAUGAGAACGGGUCAGGCACGUACAUGUGAAGAGUUGUGAAGAAGGAAAUGCAAGGCAUGAAGAUUUUUUUCACAGCGUUCAUACUUCUUUUCCAAAUCACUCAGAUUAAUCCAUCCAGUGCUGAUACAUGACACAUCUUGCAUAGCCCUUUGUCUAAAGAGCCACAAACCAGAAGAGUGACUGCAGGGACCUGUAAGCCAACUAUCCUGAACUGCCAAACCUGUGACAAUAAGAAAAACAAACAAAAGAUGGUGGUGGCAGUUACGUAUUUUGCUUUUUAACUGAAGGAUGUGGUUUGACACAAAGCAAAGACUUGCCAAUGCUCAGGUUUCCUUCUUUGGAGAGUUAAAAAAAAAAAGAAAAAGCUUUGGUUUUAUGUAACAAAAAAGCCAGUGAAAUCAGCAUUUGCAGACAAAGCACUUACCCACUACAGAAAAUCAAACACUGGCUUUUGGAGAACACUUACUGCCUCUUCUCUCUCUAGUUCACUAGUACAUGUAAGCAGGUGAAGAGGUAAAGACUAUAGAUUCAGUAAGGAAAAGGCUUACAGAUGAUCAGGCAGUGUUUACAGUAUUCUUGUGCUGUAAACUUUUUACCACCUAGAACGAGGGAAGGGUUUGCUGCUAACAUUAUUUAUGGAAUGAAGAUGAUGUAUUUCAUUCGCUUGUUUUCUUUUGAAAAAAUUAAAAAUGUGGCUCUUUUCUAA